GGUUGAACCACUACGCGCCUCACGCGAACUGUCAGUGAAGUGCCCGUUACAUUACGAAACUUGCAGUCAUGAACAUCACAGUAUUGGCGGUUGUUGUGGCGGUGUGCCUCUGCGUCUCUGAGGGCGCUCCCGACGGCCGGCUCGCAAGGAAGCAGCAACGCCCCACCCGCGGCUUCAAAAACGUUGAAAUGAUGACGGCUAGAGGUUUCGGGAAGCGCGCCAGGACUGAGCGCGACGUCGAUCAUCAAACAUCGUCGGAUCGCACAAAUCGCGGUACGCCAACAUUUAAGAGUCCUUCCGUCGGAAUAGCAAGAGAUUUUGGCAAAAGAACGCCAGAAUUGGAAACAGAAGAUGAACCAGUUCGCAGGAAGUUUAACCCUAAAGGGCCCUUGAUGGUGGCUUAUGAAUUUGGCAAAAGGAGCAACGAUGACCUCAAUGAGGAAGAGGAGGAAAUUAGGGUGACCAGAGGCACUUUCAGGCCAAACUCCAGUGUUCUUAUCGCGAGGGGAUAUGGAAAGAGAGAGGGAAUGAGGAAUGGAGUUUACGGUCUGGACAAUUUCUGGGAAAAUCUCGAGGCACAAGAGAAGGACGGACAAGAUGGCGCGGACGAGAAGGCAUUGGACAGUAUCCCUCUGAACUGGUUUGUCAACGAGAUGAUUAACAACCCCGACUUCGCCCGAUCCGUCGUUCGCAAGUUCAUCGACCUUAAUCAGGACGGCAUGCUAUCAUCAGACGAACUCCUCAGGAACGUUUAAGCCAAUAGACAAUUUCUAGUUAAUACUCGAACACGUUUCAAAUCGGUUACUCUAUGGAUAUUUUUAUAUAGAUUAUUUAUUUGAGUUAUAAAACUAUGUUUGUAACUUAUGGUACUGUGAUAUGAUGUUAAAUAUUAUCUUCUUCCUUAAAAAUAUAAAAAUUUGAAACUAAUUUUAUGCCUUUAUUUUUUUAAAUUAAGUUAUAUUUAUGAACUAUAUAUUCUUGUAUAUAUAUACCAAUGUUAUGAUGCGAUUAACGUCUUGGUGAGAUAUUCGGUUGAUGAUUGCAAUUUUCCGAUAUGCGAUUAGAGUCGUCAUAAGUUCAUAAAGAUAUAAGAACUGUUUAAUUCUCUCAGCGAAAGUGUAAACGCAUCAUAAAUUCUCAAUUGAGCAUAAUAGUUAAUCCUACUAACUUUGCAGUUGUUUGUUGUUACAUUAACAUAUAAAAUAUCUCUAUUUAAUAACCUAUGUUCUUGAUUAAAAGCAAAUAUAAGAGAUAAAAGACUUAUAUAAUAUUAUUUAUUUAUCAUAUGUAUUUAUAUUUUGUUCUGUAAAGUAGGUGAUUAUUAAAUAACUUCAAAUUAUUCAUUGUUUAACAAAGGGGAAAGGCUAACUUUGGCGAUUUAAUUGAUACAGUAAUAUUUAUUAUAUUAUAGGCUGGGUCAAUUGACAUUAUGUAGAUUGUAGAUUCAUAUAAUACUCUACAUACAUACAUUUAUUUAAAUUUGUCUAAAUAGAAUUUAGGAUGUAUGUGAAUUAUUCGUAUGUGUACUACUGGGUGCCCAC